AUGUCUCUGCCGCAGCGACCAGACGGGCAGCGGCGUGCCUCGCGCGAACCAACAGCGCACCGCCGCCGCCGCACUUCGGACGCCGAAAACACGCGUUCGCACGACCGUACGCCCAGCCAUAGCAAGAGCGGCGCCCACAGCUACGCCCGCCCGCUCCCCUCGCCAGGCACUCCCGUCCCCAUGGACCGCGACCCCAUCAUGCGCAGCCAGCAGUCGACCCCUGCCCACGACCUGGGCCGGAAGCGCAGUCUGAUCCGCCCAGAGCGUCGCCGCGUCGAUCCCAACGAUCCCAACUACCACUACCGCAAGCACGCCCAGAGGAUGAACGUCCAGCCCUCGACCACCGGCAACGACCCCAUCAUGGAAGACGCCCUCGAGGCCGAGACCGUCAGCUCAGACAGCACCGACCUGAAGCCCCCGCACAUGCGCAAUGCUUCUGGCGGCGGCUACAACGACAAGCAAGCACCCCUGGACGACGAGUCGCCCCGUGCCGCGCCCAGGCUGACACGGAGCAAGACGAUGGAGAACCUGGAGAAGCAGCGCCAGAAGGAAAAGGACAAGAUGCGUCCGCCAAGCUUGUGGAACGUCUACUGUGCCAUCAUCACCUUCUGGUGUCCCAAUGCCGUUCUCAAGUGCUUUGGCAAGCCCCAAAAGGCGCAGCAGCGUGCUUGGAGAGAAAAGGUCGGCCUGGUCAGCAUCAUUCUGAUGAUCUGCGCCGUCGUCGGUUACCUUACCUUCGGCUUCACGGAGACGGUUUGUCCAUCGGGCGGCAGUGUUCGCCAGCGAGUCAACAGGGUCGGUGGAGGAUACAUGAUCAUUCACGGCAGAGCAUACGACCUAGCGCAAUCCACCCACCCCCUCGCCCGUGGCGUUCCUGCAGGCGCCAACGUUCUCUUCGAUCUUCCCGAGAAGCAUUCCGGACAAGACGGCAGCUUCCUCUUCCAGAACGUCAAUGGCGCUUGCAAGGGUCUCAUCACACCCAAAGACAAUUCUGGCAUCCCCGAGACAAACGGCAACCUGGGCUGGUAUUUCCCUUGCCGUACCUUCAACCAGGAUGGCUCCACCAAGCCCAACACCACUUUCCUCGAGUACAACGGCUACCAGUGCCACACCUCGGACAACGCUCGCAAGGCCUUCUAUGGCCUGAGGAAUGCCGGAGACGUCUACUUCACCUGGGACGAUAUCCGCAACAGUUCCCGUAACCUCAUGGUCUGGGGCGGAGACGUCUUGGACCUGACACUGCUCGAUUGGUUCAACAGCACCCAAGUGAACGUCCCGACCAUUUUCGGCGAGAUCAAGGACAACCCCGCCGUGCGCGGAGUCGAUGUCACUCGCGCGUACUCUUCUAGCUACGAGAAGCAGGUGGCGCGCUGCUUCACUGAGAUUAUCAAGGUUGGCUCCAUUGACACCGAGAGCAUUGGCUGCAUCGCGUCCAAAAUCGUUCUCUACGUCUCGCUGGUCUUCAUUCUCGCUGUCGUCAUCGCAAAGUUCGUUCUCGCGCUGACCUUCCAAUGGUUCCUCAGCCGAAAGUUUGGUGCUGAUAAGACUUCCACGGCCAAGGCAGACUCCAAAGAAAGGAAGCAGCAGAUUGAGGAAUGGAGUGACGACAUCUACCGACCACCGCCGCGACUCGCAGACCCUGCUGCUGGACCUGACCGUUCGAGCAAGCGUGGCAGCACCUUCCUACCGUCCACCUCCAGAUUCACCAGUCCUUACGCCAUGGAGAAGUCGGCCAAGACGCGAGCACCGCCAACCACGAUGACCAGCCAGAGUGCAGGUUCUCGCCUGCUUUCGUCCAACAGCGGCAUGUACAGGCAACUGAACGCAAGCCAGGGCACGCUGCCUACGACCCAUCUCGACAGCAAGAACCAAGGCCAAUCUCGAUCAAGCCUGCUUCUCUCCGGCUCAACCGAACAGAACCGUUAUUCCAGUGUCAUGGGCGAGGAAGGGCCUGGCCCAUCCGGCUUCAUCCACGAAGCCGUUGUGCCUCAGCCUCCCUCUGAGUGGCAGCCGUUUGGCUAUCCCCUGGCCCACUCCAUCUGUUUGGUGACGGCCUAUUCCGAGGGCGCCGAAGGCCUGCGCACCACGUUGGACUCGAUUGCCACGACCGAUUACCCAAACAGCCACAAGCUGAUCCUGGUCAUUUGCGACGGCAUGAUCAAGGGUCAGGGUGAAGACCUGACUACGCCUGAAAUCUGUCUGGGCAUGAUGAAGGACCACGCAGUCCUGCCUCACGAAGUCCAAGCAUUCUCCUACGUUGCCGUCGCCAGCGGCUCGAAGCGUCACAACAUGGCCAAGAUCUACUCCGGUUUCUACGACUACGGUGAAGACUCUCGUCUCCCCUCGGACAAGCAGCAACGUGUUCCCAUGAUGGUGGUCGUCAAGUGUGGCACCCCCGAUGAGGCCACCAAGUCCAAGGCUGGCAACCGUGGAAAGCGCGACAGUCAGAUCAUCCUCAUGUCGUUCCUGCAAAAGGUCAUGUUCGACGAGCGUAUGACGGAGCUCGAGUUUGAGAUGUUCAACGGUAUCUGGAAGAUUACCGGCAUUUCACCAGACUUCUACGAGAUUGUGCUGAUGGUGGACGCCGACACAAAGGUCUUCCCGGAUAGCUUGACUUACAUGGUAUCCGCCAUGGUCAAGGACCCAGAGAUUAUGGGUCUCUGUGGUGAGACGAAGAUUGCCAACAAGAGACAAUCGUGGGUCUCGAUGAUCCAGGUGUUUGAAUACUUCAUCUCGCAUCACCUGGCCAAGUCGUUCGAAUCGGUAUUUGGUGGUGUCACUUGUCUUCCCGGAUGCUUCUGCAUGUACCGCAUCAAGGCUCCCAAAGGUGGCCAGAAUUACUGGGUCCCAAUUCUGGCUAACCCUGAUGUUGUCGAGCACUACUCGGAGAACGUGGUCGAUACGUUGCACAAGAAGAACCUGCUGCUGCUAGGCGAGGACCGGUACCUGUCGACACUGAUGCUCAAGACGUUCCCCAAGCGAAAGCAGGUUUUCGUACCCCAAGCUGUUUGCAAAACCACGGUACCGGACGAGUUCAAGGUCUUGCUGUCGCAACGUAGGCGAUGGAUCAAUAGCACAGUCCACAACCUGAUGGAGCUGGUGCUAGUGCGGGAUCUGUGCGGCACCUUCUGCUUCAGCAUGCAGUUUGUCGUGUUCAUUGAGCUGAUCGGCACCCUGGUUCUACCGGCCGCCAUUGCCUUUACCUUCUACCUGGUUGCCAUCGCCAUCAAAGCAGCCGUUCUCCACACGGCGGCACCCGUCAUCCCCCUUAUCCUUCUUGCGCUCAUUUUGGGACUGCCAGCGCUUCUGAUUGUCAUGACGGCUCACAGCUGGUCUUAUGUUGCGUGGAUGUUUGUUUACCUGCUGUCCCUUCCGAUAUGGAACUUUGUUCUUCCCACGUACGCGUUCUGGAAGUUUGAUGAUUUCAGCUGGGGCGACACACGGAAGACGUCGGGCGAGAAGACGAAGAAGGCGGGUCUGGAGUAUGAAGGCGAAUUCGACAGCAGCAAGAUCACGAUGCGAAGAUGGCACGACUUUGAAGCAGAGCGGAGACUUAAGACACCUGGUGGCGGGUGGUCACAGACGACGUCGGCUGGGUGGCCGCAGCAGCAGCAGCAGCAGCAGCAGCAGGGAUACGAGACGUACUAUGACAAUUGA